UUGAAAAAUGGCGACCAUUCUUGGUUACGAUAUUGAGGACUGCAAUGUUUGACAUUAUCUGAGGUACUCGAAGAUUAAAUCAUUGCCACUGCAAAUCCAUAAGGUACUUCAUUAUAUUAUUAAACAUGGUGAGUGUGGAACCCUCGUCUCGGGUGGGUGUGGCACUUGAUCUCAUCCUCAGGACGCUAAUUUCUUCCCAAGAUUUCAACGAGCUCCAGACUAAGAACUGGGAUGCCAUAGCGAGGCUCAUCCCCGGGAUGUCCCCGGGACAGGUCGCCCGACGUUAUGAAGAAUUACUGUUGGCCGGUGAUGUCUAUGCUUUUAACCAGUUUGAGAAAAGUUACGCUGUCCCGGGGACUUCAUCCCAGAUCAGUUUUACAGAGUCUGACACGGUCAGUAAAACAGGCAGCUGUCCCAGCUCCGCACGUAAAAGUGAUAAAGAUUUUAAGGACUCAGCAGAUCAAAAAAGUAAGAAUGGAGGCCGCCACAACGCUGACCAGGGGCCUCUGAUGACCAUCCAUGUGUGUGACGAGGCCAAAAGCUUGAAGCAGGAUUUCCACUGUGCCAGAGACUUACUUGUUCAGGAAAUGAAAUAUUUUGCUGAGUACUUGUCUACGGACGCCCAGCGCUGGGAGGAAGUGGACAUCUCUGUCCAUUGUGACGUCCAGAUCUUUGAUUGGCUGAUGAAAUAUGUCAAACGGGGCUCAAAGGAUGUCCCGGACAAACCCAGACUGGAGGCAAACAACGUGAUAUCUAUUUUGAUUUCGUCUGACUUUCUCAAGAUGGACGUCCUUGUACAGGAAUGUAUAGAGUAUUGCCAUGGCAACAUGUCUUCCAUCGUAUCAACGCCCUGUAACAUGAAUUGUAUCAACGACAAACUCGUGGGAAGGAUAUCCGACCUGUUUACCCAUAACGAGGCAGACGACAUCAAGGACAGAAAGGACAAGUUUAAAAGUAAACUGUUCGCCAAGAAGCUGGAGAAGCUGUUUGAUGUUGAAUCAAAGAGUCCAGACUCGCCGGAGGAUGCUACCAACAUGUUUAGGUGCUCUGUAUGUAAAAGAAUUUUGACUGCUAACUUGGAGAAGAAAGUCAAGUGUAUGCCGUGUAGGAUGACCAUCGAUAAGAGAGGCCGUUUAUCACAUUGCCACGUCAAAGACAAGUCUUUUGACAUCAACGAAUACCUGUUGGAGUUAAAGACACAGCUCAAAUCCUGGCGCGAAGUUUACUGGCGUAUCUGGGGCCUCAUCAAUUUCCUGAACUGUACACGCUGUGGUGACCUGUUUCCCUGUGCCGAGUUUGGCCACUGUAAAUAUCACCCCGAGCCGCCUCGCUAUGACAACGAGAGUGGACUUGGGGCCUGUAUCGGCACUUAUCCCUGCUGUCACCAGAAAAAUCUCCGGUUUGACCCCACACAGCAGAAUAAGGGGUGCCGUGUGAGGGAUCACAUUGUCAGUCUGCCAGAGAUCAUCCCCGGAGGAGAUGUCGACAAAGCCUCGCCAAACCGUGUGUACGACGAUCUGCUCGCCCACAGAGAUGUGGUGUGUGUACCAUUCCAACGUCUCUCAGACGCCAGCGAGUCAGAGCUGAACAUGUACGAAAAUGAGGAAUAUGUGAGUAGCACACGUAAAGAAGGCACGGCCAUCCAUCCUUCACUCAUGUCUGCUGUUGAUGACGACAAAAAAUCUGAGACUGUGAGGCCCCAGCCCCGCCUCCAGGCCCUGACCAUGGAGAGGGAGCUGUCAUUUGAGUAUGACGAUAUCGGCAUGGGAGAAAGUGACGACGAACUAGGAGACGACGAACAGCCAAAAGGAACAGCUCGUCGGUCAAGAGGAACGAGGCGGUCAAGAGUGACCAUUGAUCCCCAGGCCAUCCUGCUGGAUGCUCCAGAUUUUGACCAAACAAAGAAGUCCACAUGGGAUACUGGCAGGUCCAUGAGGUACAACCAGGACGCUCAGCGACAGGAAGACCAUAGAAGAAUGAAAGACAUCCGGCUGUAUCUGACAAAGUUACGGUUAAACCCAGACAAGUUAGACAAACCUAAAAAGGAUUUUGCUGGAGGAAUCUACAGUAAGAUUGAGGCGCAGUGGAGAUCUAACAACGUCCAGCUCGUGAACAAACAGCCACAGAACAACCAGUUCAGGGCAAAACCAAUGCGAUUCAGUCAAGUACGGUCAUCUGUAUCGUGAUGUGGCGCCCCCUGGUGGAUAGCAUCCAAGCUCUGUGAUAUGCACUAUUGGAUUGUAUUUAUUGAGUAUGACACUCCCCUGUGGAUUUUAUCUGUCGAAUUUGGUUCCCAUGUGGAUUGUAUCUUGUGGAAUCUAUCUGUGGAUCGACAGUGGGGGCCCUUUGUGGAUUGUAUCUAUGGAGUGUGACACCCCCACGAGUAGCUUGUAUCUGUGGAGAGUGACACCUCCUAUAUGUGGAUUAUAUCUUUCAAGAGUUAUGCCCCCUUGUGAAUUGUAUCUCUGGAGUGUGAUGCCUACCCUCUAGUGGAUUGAAUCUUUGGAGACUGGUGCCCCCUUGUGGAGUGUAUCUAUGGAGAUGGUUCCCCUUGUGGAUCAAAUCUGUGAAGAUUGACGAUCCCUGGUGGAUUGUAUAAAUGAAGAGUUGUGCCCCUUAGUGGACUAGAUCCAUUGAUAAAGAAGUAUAGCACGCCAGUGGAGGAGCAAUUAUUUAUAGAGCGUGGUGCCCCCUGGUGGAUUGUAUCUGAGGAGUGUGACACCCUCUGGUGGAUUGUACCUGAGGAGUGUGACGCCCUCUGGUGGAUUGUAUCUGAGGAGUGUGGCCCCCCUCUGGUGGAUUCUAUUUGAGGAGUGUGGCCCCCCUCUGGUGGAUUGUAUCUGAGGAGUGUGACGCCCUCUGGUGGAUUGUAUUAGAGGAGUGUGGCGCCCUCUGGUGGAUUGAAACAAACAAACAAUAGUUCUCAUAUCGUACACCCUGUUGAAAAAACAGUUUGCUUUUGAUUUUUAGAAGAAUUUAUUUUUUAUUUUUGAGGAAACAUCUUAGGUUUUAGUUUCUGAGUGAUUGUAGGAUUGGUUCCGCUCACAUGAAUUAGAUAUUAAAACUCACUGCUUUACAUAGGAUGUGCCUAUAUCCACUGACAACAAUGACAUCUUAGUUUGCCUUUACUUGUAUUUAAAUCUUAUAUGCAAAUAUUUUAUUUAUCAAAUUUUAUCAAUCAUACACGCUGCAUCGUAUUAUUUCGUGAAGAGGGAGUAUAUAAUGGAGUCUAGCUGUCUUUCAGUGUUGAAAGGAAUUUUUAUUCAGUUAUUGUCGGUUUUAUUCUUCAAAGGCACUGUAAUUUUGUAGUUUUAAUCGGAUUUCCUUUAAACUUGGUAGACAUCUCCAGCAUCUCAGCUGCAGUUGUGAAUAUAUAUGUUAUGAUAUAUAUUAAUGCUAUGAUUAUUAUCACAGAACAUUGUAUACAUCUGUUCUAUUCUUCUAUUCUUAGAGAGUUCCUCACUUAAACAUCUGUAAAAUACUGUUUUGACUGAUUAUUCCUAGAGAGUUCCUCACUCAAACAUCUGUAAAAUACUGUUUUGACUGAUAAUUCUUAGAGAGUUCCUCACUUAAACAUCUGUAAAAUACUGUUUUGACUGAUAAUUCUUAGAGAGUUCCUCACUUAAACAUCUGUAAAAUACUGUUUUGACUGAUAAUUCUUAGAGAGUUCCUCACUCAAACAUCUGUAAAAUACUGUGUUGACUGAUUAUUCUGACUUUGUCAACUAAUUUAUGACUUAUUUGAUAGGUACAUGUCUGUCCAGAAUGUAUGAAUUAAUGAAAAUUAAAAUCCGGUAUUUAUGAAAAGAUUUUUUCAGAUAAUUGUUUAUGAUUUAAAUUUGAUUGAUUAAACAGUUGAUUCCAAUUGAAAGUUUAUGAAACUAUGUAAUCACUCAGCCAGUUGUAAUAAUUGCACUUGGUUUUCUAUCAAUUCUGUUGAUUGUUAGUGUAAAAUACUAAUUUAGUAAUGGUUACGAGGUCUUAAUGCUCUUAGGUAAGAAAUAUUUAAACUUUAAGUAAGAAUGGAAGUGUAUAGGAAACAGUUUAACUGAGGUAGUCAUUCCUUGUAAACACAGUAAUUAACAUCAACAUGACAGUGCCAUAUUUCAAAUAGUUUUAUCAAAGUUUAGAUAUUUCAAUUAAAUCACAAACCUUCAUUAAUGGUUGAGUAUUAUGAUUUUUCUUCCAAUUCCCAAAACUAUUUUAAAUAAUACAAUGCAAAUUAAAACAAACAAGGGAGGUAACUCUAACAUAAAUGACGGGUCCAGUGUGUAAUGUACAUGUAACGUGAUACCUCCUGUUUUGUGAAUUAGAACAUUACUACAGUAUUUAAUUCAUAAAAUAAUGAAGUUUUCAAAUCAUUUUAAUGUAUUUUCAAUAUGUUGAUAAAAUUUUAAAUACAUUCCUGGCUCCUUAGGUCUCAUAAACUCUUCAGGCCAAAGGGCCACUUCUAAUGUAUAAACUCUUCAGGCCAAAGGGCCACUUCUUAUGUAUAAAGUUACCUGUACCCGUUUUUAUUGUUCAGAAAUUUUUAUUAAGCAGAAAAAUUUCAUCCAGCCAAGUCCUUUUAAUCCUGUGUUUAAUAUAAUAUUCUCUAUAAUUUUUAUAUCAGUUUUCUGUUUUAUUUAUGUCGAUAUUUAU